UGCAAAGAGCUCUACGAGGUUCCCGGCGGUGACCAGGUCGGGCAGAGCUUACCUCCUGCUUAGCCUGGCCUCACCGCUGGGGUCCCCCUCGUCUCGAGCUGCAUAGUGCAGUGAGGUGUCCUUUUGUUCCUCUUACUGUGCAUCUUGUGUGCGGGCCGUCCAAUAACUUCGGGUACUUACCGCUGCUGAUAAUUUGCUACGGGUUUGAAUUUGUGUAUCUCUUUGUUCUCAUAUGGUCGUUUCUUCAGAAGUUGUCAAUUGGCUUUGCUCAACAGUGAGGACGCUCCAAAAGAGAGUCGCCGAAUUGGAGCGAGCCAGAGAGACGCCGCGCGUGAUCUCAUUGUUUGGCGCAUUGGAAUUCAGAGUUGUGGCUCCGAGGUAUAUUAAAUAUGGAUCAGAGUUGCGGCAGGGCGUUUGUGUGCAGAAGAUAUAUGCUCCCCGAUAUUUUCGAUAUCUCGGUUCUACUUCCGAGGGUAGCUCAGCUGCUGUUUUUGACGAUAUGGAGGAGGAGGAGGCGGCAUUUUCUUCAUGUGGUCUCGCGCAUUCGGGCUUCUCUGCAGGGAGUACGAUUUAUCUUUUUGAUGCCAUUUGUGGAAAGGAGGAACAUGAAAUGAGUGGUUCCAGGACGGAAGAUCCCUAUGCAAGCUUGGCAAAGUCUUCCCCUCGGCAAAAUGUUGGGGCGCCAGUUUCUUCGGCAGCUGUUGGAAUGCACGUUUCUACUGCAGAUGUUGGCAUGCAGGUUUCUUCAGCAGAUGUUGGAAUGCAAGUUUUUGGGAGUGCUUCAGCAGAUAUUGCGAUGCAAGUUUCUUCAGCAGACGUGGGAAUUCAAGUUUCUUCAGCAGAUGUUGGCAUGCAUGUUUCUUCAGCAGAUGUUGGAAGUUUCUUCAGCAGAACAAUCUGUUGACAUGCAUGCUUCUUCAGCAGAGGUUGAAAUGCACGUUUUUGGGAGUGCUUCAACAGGCGUUGGAAUGCAAGUUUCUUCAGCAGAUGUUGGAUUGCAAGUUUCUUCAGCAGAACAAGAUGUUGGCAUGCAUGUUUCGUCAGCAGAUGUUGGAAUGCACGUUUCUGGGCGUGCUUCAACAGACGUGGGAAUGCAAGUUUCUUCAGCAUAUGUUGGAUUGCAAGUUUCUUUAGCAGAACAAGAUGCGGAGGUUGGAAUGCGAGUCUCUUCAGCUGGUAGUGCAACAACUUGCGCGCGAGUGAAUCAAUCUGAUGUUAGGGUGCCAGAUAAAAUGGAGCAGUUCGAUCAGUUCGUAAUUGAGGUUGGAGUGCACGGGCGAAGUUACUUGAUAGAUGACAUGCUUCGCAUGAGCUUCACGUCACAAAACGUGUUUCGUCUCGCCAGGUGUCUGGGCAGAAAGUUCGGCCCUCCAGUUGCCUCUAAGACUCAGUGCCGGUAUAGCCUCAAUCACGACAUUCUUUUUGGUGUGUUCUAUAUGUGUACCAGAUUGAAAAUAUCAGAAAUUCACGGUUUCACCAGGCAAAGGGCAACGCGCGAUGCCGUUGUCGAGGGCAUCCUGCAAGACCUCAUUGUGGUGCAAGGUGGGCCUAGAACUCUGGGCGAGCAUGUUCAUGCAAGUUUUUGGAAGGAGGAUUUCAGCCAAUGGACGUUGCAAGAUACGCGCCGAGUUCUCGGUUUAAAUUUACUCUGUAUUCCGUGUGUAAGCAGUUCUAAGAUGGAUGUGCAGGAGAAGGAGGUGAUGGAAGAGGAUGAGGAUGACUUGCAGCACAAUCAAGCACCUGACGCAAUGGUUGGUGUUGAAACAGCAGUGGAGCUCGUGCCGACAAACUUGCGGAUCAGAAAAUAUUGCUUUGAACGGCCGAUUGUUACGGACAGGCAUGCUAUUGCCUCCGCCUGGCAACAGUGGCAACGUGGUUUGGAUCCCGAGGCGCUCUGUAGCAGUGCUCCAGACAGUAAACGUCUUAUAUACACGGACCCCCCACACAUUCCAAGAGUUGAAUAUGCUUCAACGUCUUCUGGGCAGUGGCUACUCCCAUGCGGAUAUCUCGUGCUUUGAGGGCUGUCUGGUUGCAGCGGGCUGGGAUGAGGAGCUCGGUGUAAACUCCGUUUCCUGUAUAGAGUCACUUCCGCGGGGAUGUGGUGGGCGGUGGGGGAGUUGCUGCAAACAUCGGGUCACGGUGUGGCAUGCUUUGCAGUGCAGCGAGGUCUGGGAUGGUGCUUUCCACGAUGAAGAGCUCAUGAAUGAUUUUCUUGAGUCGGUCGUUUCUCGUCUAAGACGUGACGGGGCGAGGAUCUGGGAAGACGUUCGGCAAAGUUAGAUGCUACUCUCGCUCAUUUGUGAAUUUGAUGGUAUUCAUUUCCUGAGCUCAACUUUUGCUUUGAUUGUACUCGCUGCAUUUGUUACCUUGUACUUCCAGGCCGCUUGCUUUGUACUUGUUGCAUUGUCAGCUUGUGCUCUUGUCUUACCGCGGGUUGUUACGACAUACUUCGGACUUUGUGUUUGCGUUGGCUCUUGCCAUGCUGUGUGUGUGUCGGGCAUGCGCGCAUGUUGGUAUAAGAGCUCCGCGUGUUCUUCAUUUUGUUCGGAAUAAGAGUUUUGCAUUUGCCCACUCCCGCUCAAAGAGUGGUGGGUGUCUUGCCUGACUCUGGUAUGCCGCCCGUUUUCCUGUUGUGUGUAUGCCUGUAAUUCACUUUGUCUGUUGUGCGUGCAUAAUUCAAUUCGCACUUCUUAUCUGCAUUCUGACCUUUAAUCUCUUGUGCAUUCUCAGUGGUGUUCUCAGUGCUCAUUGACCUUUGAACGUGACUUUCCGUGAUUUGUCACGUGGUGCCUCAAAGUAGGCCUUUGAUCUAGUCGACACUACACUGCUUUUAUUUUCAGUGGUGCUGAGGCGGUAAUCGCUAUAUGUGGUUACUGCAUGGUCUCGCACUGCUUUGCUUCCCUCUUUCUAUUUUUAUUUGUCUUCUCGUGUAUUGGCAGUCUUGUGCAUAUCUGUACAGCUUCGCUGUUUGAUGCACCUCUGCUUUAAUCUUUGCAGCUUCGCUGUCUUCCUGUACAGCUUCGCUGUUUAGGUUCUUUGUGUUUAGGCCUGCUCCCAUGGGAGCUCGAACCGGCCUUCGCAAAAGACGCAAAAGACCAGGUUGACGGUUCACCGCCGGCGCCAGUGUGUGAACUUUGGGUCGGUUGGUCGAACUUUCUGAGAGAUUUGAACAUUCUUCUGGCAGUGUAGCGAGUGCCUCAAAGGCUCUCGUUCCCUUUGAAGUCUCCGCCUGGGAGGUGUGCGUGCAAGCUCAAGGUUUCGCCACAGGCUGCGCGACCUUGGCCAUAAAUGCAUCGUUGCGGACUGCAGCGUUGGCAGCUUUUUUUGCUUCUGCCCGCUGUGGUGCUUCUACACGUCUGGAGGGCGCCGGCGUGGCUUGGGGGGCCCUUGCCAGGCCCGACCCUCCUCCUGUGCGCCUGCGCAGGCAGAUGGAGGCCCUGCGGACAAGAGCUGGUCCUCUCACCAUGCCCGCAGAAGUGAAUUAUUAUCCAAACUCAGCAGAAGACUCCAUCCGACCACGAAAGGGGCCACAAUAGAUUUAGACGGCACCGAAGUAUGAGAAUUCUGUCCGCCUGACGUGUCAUUGGCCGCGGAUGUCAA